AUGAGAGACGCAAUGGUUGUUAAUCAAGAUUUGGUUCGACGUGAUGUGACUCAAGCGAUCAAUUCGUCAAUUACUCAUCUGUUUUUAAAGAUUGAACCUUACUAUUAUAGUGAUGGUACUUCGAAAGAUUUGCUGAUUCUUAAGGGCGUAGUUCGUACUCAAUAUAAAGGAAAAAGAUACAACAUUCCAAUUGAAAUUUGGUUAGAAAAAGAUCAUCCUCUGAAAGCUCCACUGGUUUAUGUGAAACCGACAUCGGAUAUGUUCAUUUCUCCAGCAUCGCGCGAUGUCAACCCAGAUGGACUUGUCGUUUUACCUUAUCUUAAUUCAUGGCAUCACCCUGGAAGCGAUUUAAUUAGUUUAUUUCAUGAAAUGUCGAAAGCAUUCGGUGUAGCAUCACCUGUUUAUUCAAAUAGUUCAUCUAAUUAUGUAUCGUUAUCAAAUUCAAGUAUAUCUUCUUCAACUACCAAAGCAUCUGUAUCUCUGAAGAAUGCACCUUUACCGACCAUUCACAGUCAAGCUUCUAGUACGAUACUUAAGAAUGCUGAUGAACAAAGCCAUACUCAUCGAUUUUCUGAUAUUGUUGGUGAACCACGACGGAUGCUGUUACCGAUUCAAGGAUUUGAGAAAAUGCCUCUGGUUUCUCUUGAACAUGCUAUCAAUCCUCUUGUCUCGCUCAUUCCAGAUGUCGAACAAAUGACUUGGAUUGCUAAACAAAAUUGCAAUAGUCCAAAAGAUGGUUUAACUAUGGAUGAGUCUGCAUCUAUCAUGCUUUAUACAAUGGAAUGGGAACCGUACGAGAAAUCUUUCUAUGUUACACUCAAUAAUACUCUACGAGCCACUGUUCGUGAACAGCUAAAACCAUGGUUUUUAUAUCUUCGACUAGUCAUCAAUGCUCUUCAGAAACUUCCACCAACUCAUCAUGUUGUCUAUCGUGGUGUUAAAUCGGAUCUGGCUGCUGAAUAUUCUCGAGGAAGUACAAUUGUUUGGUGGGGUUUCUCUUCAUGUACUGUGUCUAUUGAAGCACUGAAGAAUGAGCGUUUUUUGGGAAAGGAAGGAAUAAGAACUUUGUUCAGUAUUGAAUGUGAUUCAGGUAAAAAUAUUCGAUCACAUUCAUUUUAUGCUGAAGAAGAUGAAGUUUUGCUUCUUCCGGCUCGUCAAUUUGAAGUGAUUGGAUGUCUUGAUCAAGGAAAUGGCCUUCAAAUUAUUCAACUGAGAGAAAUACAACCGAAAUUUCCGCUUAUCAAACUGAGUUCAUCAUAA